AUGGAGAGAAAGAGAGAGUUGUGCGGAGUACAGAAGAGAAAUCCCAUUAAGCGCAGCAGGAAAAAGCUACUUAAGAAAUUAGUAGACUAUCUCAUAUCAGAUUCUUACAUGUUUGCUCCUCUCAUCUCUUCCCCACCUAAGAUGUUUCGUUCUUCUCCUCCUCCAAGUAAUCAAGUUUUUUCCUUUUUCGAUCAGAAAUUUGGGCUUUAAUAACCCAUCAGAGAAACCAAGAAGAAGAAGUUGUUCAAGAAUAUUGGGGAAUAUUUGAAGUCUGAUUCUUACAUGUAUGCUCCCUUGCUUCAAUCAACUAGUCCUCUCCCAACAGGAUCUUCUUUGUAUGUGAAAAGUGUGACGAUGGCAGUUUCAAUGAGAGGAAAGUCUCCAUGCAUGGUAGACAAUGAACCAAGAGAUCAGUCAUCAAAUGUAGUGGCGAAGGAUCAAAGCUCCCAAAGCUUUGUACACGAAACAAGCAUUUUGGAAGAACAAACUUUUGGGCACAGAGAGACGGCGACGAAGCACAUGGUUAACCAAAAACUGCCGCACAACAUCAGUUUCAGGAAAGGGGAUGCUCAACUCACAGGCACAGCCAAGGAAACUCGUGGUGGAUUGAGAAAGUAG